CUCGACCUGUCCACCCCGUCGCCGGCACAACUGCUGCACCAGCAAGCGCCACCGCGGUCGUUUCUCGCGCCGGGCCAGGGAGAGGCGAAGACCAUUGUGGUUUCUAGCGUGACCCCAACGGCAAAAAUCGUGGGGCGGAAGUUCGUCGACCAGAUGGAGCCGACUUUUGCGUCGAGCAGCUCGUCCCAACAACAUCAAAGGGGUAGAAAGGAUAGAAGAAACCCUUUUCAGUUCAGCUCAUAUUUCCUCAAUCAUCUAGUUUGUUGUAUUGUUUGGUAUUGGAACCUGACCCCCGAAUGUUGCCUUAGCCUUGUCCAUUGCUAUUUACUUAAUUUACGACUGCUGAAUGCAAUCUUCACGUUGUUCAACUUACUAUGACCAUUGUCGCAAAAAAGAUCAAAGUAUCAUCUUCAGUUAUCGCACCUGGCGGUGGCAACAACUUCAACUUUUCGCAUUUGAGCGGCCCAGAGCAGCUGUCGUCCUUGUUGUCGGACCGGGAUGGACCGAGCGUGGUGAACGAAAGCAGUUUCAGUGCCGCCGCGGCCGCCCC